GUUUUGUUUAAUUAAGAUAAAAUUGGAAAAACGCAGGAGUGACAUCUAGUGUCUUCUCUGAAUUAAAUAAAAAAUCCAGUAAAUAUGCUAUUUUUUUAAAGGUCAGAGUAUAGAGUUGUAGAUUGGACAUAAACUUUUUGGAAUGUGCGAUCAGAGGAUAAGAAGUAUCUUGUAAUAUCUUAUUUGUCCUAUAUUUCUUCAACUAUUGCACAAAAAAAUGAAAUACGACAAUAGUCUCUCUGAUAAAGAAGCAACCAGUAUUCAACAAGAAAAAGAAGGAAAAAUGCUUAUUCGAAUUUUACUUCUAAGCCAAUGGAUAACUUCAAGUUUAAGUUCAAAUCUGUUGUUAUUAACACCACCAGUAACAAAAUAUUCAACAAAGAGUCAUGCAGAUAAUCUUAUUGCUCUUGGAAAAGGAUUAAUUAAAUCCGGACAUCAAGUUAGCAUUUCAAAACAAGGAACUGUUCGCCUGGACAAUCUUGGUAAUAUUUCACUUUUUGAGAUAUCUUCCCCAGUUUCCCCAGAGCAUGUUGAAUUGGUUGGGGAAGCUAUCAGAAAUAGUUCAAUUGAUUCGUUAUAUCAGAACAUAUCUUAUAUAAAAAUGGAUAAGUUGUAUAAAGUUGUUUGGGAUGCUUUUAUCGAAGAUUGCCGAACAAUGUUGUCGGAUUGUUCAGUUGAGGAACGACUCAAAAAAUUUGACCUAAUUGUUAUUGAUCAAUAUUUCUUUUGUGGUUUCCUAUUAGUUGAAAAAUAUAAGAAACCAUUCGUCAUGUACGAAUGUUCGUCCUAUAUAACAUAUUCCCAAGCAGCCAUACCUGGACCAGUGUCAUGGGUUCCAACCUUUUUGAGUUCUUUAACUGAUAAGAUGACAAUUAUUGAUAGAAUGAGAAAUAUCAUUUCAAAUAUCCACUUAACAGUUGUUCUGGAUAAUUUGGAUAGGAUUUUUGAAGAUUUAAAAGUGGAAAUGAAAAUUUCUCCAGGUAAAAGUAUAUCUGAAAUUCGAAAAGAUGCCCAACUAUUCCUUGUGAAUUCGGACUAUAUUUUUGAAUUUCCACGUCCUUUAACACCAAACAUAGUACAAGUUGGUGGGAUUUUAGCAUCUCAGCCAGUAGAUGAUACAAAUAUUCACCAAAAAUUCCAUGAAAUUACCAUCAAAAGAUUUGGUAUUAUCGCCUUUGGAAGCGCUUUAGACUUUUGCCACCAUCCUACCUUGUUAGAAAAAAUAAGUAAUAUUCUUAAAAAUUUUAAAGAUAUCCACUGGAUUUGGUCAUUAAAGUGUCAGUUGGAUAAAGAAUAUUCAAAUAUUCAUAUCUUCAAAUGGAUUCCUCAAGUUUAUCUUCUUUCUAAAGAAAAUUGUGUUCUACUUAUAUCUCAUGGUGGUUUAAAUUCCGUUUACGAGGCAAUGUAUCACAGUACUCCAGUUUUAGUCCUACCUCUACCUGCUGAUAGUAUGGACAACUCAGUCCGUUUUAAAAGACACGGCGCUUUAGAAAUUUUACCAUUCCAUACAAAGGGUGUAUCAUCCCUUAAUGAGUAUAUUUUUAAAAUGUUAAAAGUAAAAUCCUAUUCAGAAUCAGCAAGAAGAGUUUCCUCUCUUCUCAAUUCUCAAAAACCAAAACCUUUGGAAAAAGCUGUAUAUUGGAUUGAGCACAUUUUAAAGUUUGGUGGCAACCAUUUAAGACAUUCUGCAAUAGAUAUGCCAGCCUAUAAACUCUAUAAUAUAGAUUUAUUUACAAUUAUACUCAUCAUAUUCUUAUUAACUAUUUGUGCAUUUCUUACAACUGAAAAACUUUUUGAUGAAUUAUCAAGUCCUUCACACAUGUUAUGUAGACUAAGAUUCAUGUUCUCGCUAAGAUCAACUAUUAGGGUUAGGGUAAAAGCACUCAUUUGUGGACGUUUUUCUGUCGCAUCCGUAUUAGAUAACCUCUUCAAUGUCCCCACCUACUUUAUGAAGUUAACUGUUUCGUCAUAA